AAAAUUCCACCUUGCCUGUCAAUAAGAUCACAGCAACUAUAAAAUUGCCCAAACUGCUUUUAUAAAUCUUGUGCUUCUCCAAUGCGUUGAACAGUUCGGCAUGCCAGCGAGUCCUGCUCCGUCAGAUAGUCCAGCCGUCCCACGGCCCCGGAGAGGCCGCCCCCCUGCCAAUAAGGUGUCUCAAACUGAUGCCAUGCUGAGGGCCAUGGAUGAUGUUCUGAUCGCCAUCCGGAGCUUACAAGAUAAGACAGGCCGAAAAAUAAGCGAGCUGUUUGAAGAGUUGGUCUCCCGUGACGACUACCCAGAGUACUAUGAAAUCAUCCAGCAACCUAUUGCAUUGGAAGUCAUUCAAGAGAAGAUAGACCGUAGGGAAUACAGGACCAUGGAAGAAUUCCAAGCCGAUAUGGAACUGCUGAUUGAAAAUGCGAAGACGUUUAACCGCAAAGGUUCCACCGUUUACAAGGACGCUGUGACUCUCCAGGGAGCUUUUGAACUGGAGCUAGCAGCGCACUCGCAAAAGCUUCCAAACCGAUCUGGCGAAGUCCUGAACUCGCAAGCAUCGGUCAGCCCAGACACGUCAAACGAGAAACUCGUCAACGAGUUUCGAAACAUACUCCGGACCAUUACGACUCGUAAAAACGACGAGGGCCGCAUCAUCUCGGAGAUGUUCCAAGAGCUACCAGACAAGGACGAAUAUCCCGACUAUUACGAUGAGAUCAAGAAUCCAAUAUCGCUUGACAUAAUACAGCAGAAGAUUGAUAGAAAGGCAUAUCAUUCGGUAGCGGAAUUCGAGGCCGAUUUCAUGCGGAUGGUAUCUAACGCCAUGGAAUAUAAUGCUGAAGGAUCCGAGGUGUACCAAGACGCUAUCGCGUUGCAAAUGCUAUUCAACGAGCUCAUGAAGAAACGUCACGGAAAUGACGCGAAGGAUGACCUGAAAGUAUCGUCCCCAGCGCUCACUGUUGACGGACAAACCUAUGAACCAGGCGACUUCGUGUAUAUCUUUAAUCCUAAUGACCCGAUGAAACCAACUGUUGCGCAAAUCAUCUCGGUGUGGUCGAAACAGCAUCCCGUGCCGCGAGAAGGAGUGAGCGCAUGUUGGUUCCUACGGCCGGAGCAAACUGUACAUCGCGCGAACACCAAAUUUAUGCACAACGAAGUAUUUAAAACAAAUCAUACCGAGAAUUACUACGCUAAUGAAAUUGUCGGGCGAUGCUGGGUGUUAUAUAUUCGCGAUUAUGUGCGUGGAAGACCAAAAGGCGCGUCAAAGGACGAUGUCUAUGUUUGCGAAUCAAGAUACAACGAGCAGGCCAAGCAGUAUUCCAAGAUUAAAAAUUGGCUUACAUGUAUACCGGAAGUUGCACGGCAUAAGCAGUUGGAUCUCGAGCUUUUUCCAACACCUAUUGUACCCUUGCGCCUGUAUUCCGCAUUUGACGAAUCUACCAACCAAGGACGGACACGGAAAGGCAGCGAAGAUGCUCAAAGUAUCGCGGAACGCCCAGCGACCCCGAAACCCCAAUCCCCGCGAAAGAUACCGGGGACUGCACCUGCUAGUUUAAUUCAAUUGAAAACUCCUGCUGUCCAAUUACAUGCGACUUCAACACCGGGCGCGACGGCAGCUUCGAUACCUUCAACAUGGACAACUGGUGCUACUCCUUCAACCCCUUUGAUUGUAUCACCCUUGACACCAACGGUACCGCACACCGCGACUGCACAAUCGUAUGUACCAUCCACACUUGGUCUCGGAACGUCUAAUACUGGAGCACCCGUUACUCCGUACUUCACCAAGCCUCCCAAAUCGACGCCGACGCCGAGCAGCCAAGGAUACGAUAACCUGCCUGUGACCACCAUUGACUGCUUUGACACAACGGACGAUAAAAAGCUAAAAUGGUUCGCAGCACCACCACUCGAUAUGGUUGACAAUUGGACGGCCAUUCACUCGCUAGAGUACUUGUACAGAAAGGCGCAAGAGAAGCGAAGAAGGCGUGGGUCUCUCGAACUGCGGCAGAAUGCGGGUAGUGGCAAAAGAUUGAAGAAACUCAAAGUUGAGGCACAGAAAGCUUCGUCGGCCGAGAUCAAGUCUCUUUCGUAAUGUGAUAUAUGCGCUGUCCAAGUCCGUAUUUAUAUGAUGCCGCAUAUCCAUGUGCAAACGGUUCAAUUCAUCUUUCAGCGAAAAGGCUAAUGCUUAGAGGAGGAGAUGAAUGUAAAUAACUGGCAGUGGGAAAAAUCCUGUUGAAAAGAAAUAUAAACAAUGGAAUCCCGUCACGUGAUCACACGGUUGCAAACGGCUCCGUCCAAGCAACGAGCGACCGGAGACGCAGGAUCUCCACGACGUGCUCCAUCUACGCUAAGGUCAUUUUGCAUCAAGUGCGCUUUGCAAGAAACUAUGUGGUGCAUGCAGUACUUUUUAUUCUUAUUCCUGAUACCGUUUCCUCGUGCGUCAAAUUUCUUCAUCCUCUCCUUUUUGCUUUGCAUGUUUGUCACGCAUAAACCGUGUUUGUAUUGUUCGCUUGUGAUCUUGGGCCUCCUCGCAUCCUCGUGCAACUACUAUUCACCAACGCUCCGAGAAGAAGAGCAAAGGUGCUGGGUAGAUUUCGAUCCGAGAUUCUUUUUUGUCGGGAGGGGAAUGUUGCCAGGAGUAGGGAGCGGAUGAACCAUAAUGGAUCGUGGUUUCCGCGAGCAAAAGAACCGUAUGACCGUCUUCACGGAACUUACACAGAGGGAGUGUCAGUGACAUUGUGCGUGUCAGGCAACGGAAAAAGGCUAACUGGACGACGGAUAUCCAUGAAUCAUUGAUUCGACAUCUGGACGAUUCUUGACGACGGAUCUCGAAUCGAUUGGCGAACAACCAAGACCCAUGCGAUAUUCGCUCUCCACAGCAUCCUCUGAGAGGAAUUUGGAUGAGACAUGCACUGUUGAAGACUUCAGUACUAUUGUCGAUGGCGCGGCAAAGUUCAGUGAAGUCGCAACAUGACGAUGAGUGAUUGCGAAACUUGCGAAGAUUCUCCGUUGCAAGCCUGCGCUCCACCAAGGCCAAUAGAUUACGAUAAUAUCGUUACCGUUUUAUUUCUCUAUUUUUUGGUCAAUUGGGCUAUCUAUAUUGCACAGCAAAUCAAUACAUACAAUAGGAGAUAUACAUGCAAAUUUGCAAAUCUAAAAAGCUAAAUACAGCCGC